AUGACAGUCAAUCACUACGACGUCAAACUAAUGACAGUCAAUCACUACGACGUCAAACUAAUGACAGUCAAUCACUACGACGUCAAACUAAUGACAGUCAAUCACUACGACGUCAAACUAAUGACAGUUGCUCACUACGACGUCAAACUAAUGACAGUCGCUCACUACGACGUCAAACUAAUGACAGUCGCUCACUGCGACGUCAAACUAAUGACAGUCGCUCACUGCGACGUCAAACUAAUGACAGUCGCUCAUUACGACGUCAAACUAAUAACAGUCGCUCACUACGAUGUCAAACUAAUGACAGUCGCUCACUGUGAUGUCAAACUAAUGACAGUCGCUCACUACGAUGUCAAACUAAUGACAGUCCCUCACUGUGAUGUCAAACUAAUGACAGUCGCUCACUACGAU